AUGCAUCAGGAUCAGCCCAUCCACCACGGCUCCUUAGAGCAUCUCCUACCGCCUAGCUGGAAGUCUCAGAUUACCGCUUGGUUAGCUGAGGACACCCCGUCGUAUGAUUACGCCGGCUUCGUCGUCGGCGAACAUCCUCGAAGUGCUACCCUCUGGGCUAAAAGUGCCGGUAUCGUUGCUGGCAUUCCCUUCUUCACUGAGAUCUUUAAGCAGUGCGGAUGCGACGUAGAGUGGCAUGCCAAGGAAGGAAGCUAUAUCGACCGCCCUAAGGAUGGCUCAGGCAAGACUAAAGUCGCCACUGUGACAGGCCCUGCGCGCGGUUUGUUACUGGGUGAGAGGGUUGGGCUGAACUUGCUAGCACGAUGCUCCGGAAUCGCUACCGUCAGCCGCGACAUGCUACUCUCUCUACGCAGCGCCGGGUACGAGGGUGUGCUAGCGGGCACGCGCAAGACGACGCCGGGAUUCCGGCUAGUUGAGAAGUACGGCAUGUUGGUCGGCGGGGCUGAUACGCACCGCAUGGACCUAAGCUCCAUGAUUAUGCUAAAGGACAACCACGUAUGGAGCCGCGGCAGCAUCACCGAGGCCGUGAAGGCUGCUAAGAUGGUUGGCGGAUUUGCGCUCAAAGUCGAGGUUGAGGUUCAAAACGAGGACGAGGCUAACGAGGCUAUCGCCGCUGGCGCCGACGUUGUCAUGCUGGACAAUUUCACGGGAGAUGGUGUCAAGAUUGCAGCUAGGAAUCUGAGGGAGAAGUGGAAGGGGAAGCGCGAGUUCCUGAUAGAGGUUUCUGGUGGUUUGCGCGAAGACAACGUGUUUAACUAUGCGCACAAUGAUAUCGACAUCAUCUCGACGAGCGCGAUUCACCAAGGGACGCCCCAUGUGGAUUUCUCGCUGAAGAUCAACCAGGACAAUAUUACGCGCAGCUCGUGA